UCCCCAACAGAACAGCCCAACGGCGAAAGUCUGGGAAGAGCGACGACGCUCUGCGCAUGUGCGCUCUUCGGGGAUCGAAACUCGGACAGGCGCUGUUUACCAAGUUGCGCCUUCCAGAGGGCGGCGCAUGCGCAAGCUCAGUUUCUGGUCGCUGUGCGUGUCUUGUAGGUCGGCGCGGGGCGCAGGGGCCGUUGGGAAGAUGGCGAGGGUGGGUUUGGGCGCGUGGGUACCUUGUCGCAGGUGGGGCUGGAUGGCCGUCUCCUUCGGCUUCCACCGUGGGCUCAGCACGUUACUUGCAUCGAAGGCCGAGCGGGCGCCACGGUGGCUCCCAGCUUGCAGACAAAAGACAUCAAUCUCUUUCCUUAGUCGACCAGACCUUCCAAACCUGGCUUAUAAGAGGCUAAAAGGCAAAAGUCCAGGAAUUAUCUUCAUCCCUGGCUAUAUUUCUAAUAUGAAUGGUACAAAAGCAUUGGCGAUUGAGGAGUUUUGCAAAUCUCUAGGUCACGCCUAUAUAAGGUUUGAUUACUCAGGAGUUGGAAAUUCAGAUGGUAACUUAGAAGAAUGCACAGUGGGAAAAUGGAGAAAAGAUGUUCUUUCUAUAAUUGAUGACUUAGCUGAAGGACCACAGAUACUAGUUGGAUCUAGCCUCGGUGGAUGGCUUAUGCUUCAUGCUGCAAUAGCACGGCCACAAAAGGUUGUUGCUCUUAUUGGCAUAGCGUCAGCUGUGGAUGGCCUAGUGACACAGUUUAAUCAGCUUCCUGUUGAGGCAAAAAAGGAAAUAGAGAUGAAAGGUGUGUGGUCCAUGCCAUCAAAAUACAGUGAAGAAGGAGUUUAUCGCAUUCAGUACAGUGUCAUUAAAGAAGCAGAGCACCACUGCUUGUUACAUAGUCCUAUUCCUGUGAACUGCCCUAUAAGAUUGCUCCACGGCAUGAAGGAUGACAUUGUACCAUGGCAUACAUCCAUGCAGGUUGCUGACCGAGUAGUCAGCACAGAUGUAGAUGUCAUCCUCCGAAAGAAUAGUGAUCACCGAAUGAAGGAAAAAGCGGACAUUCAACUUCUGGUUUACACUAUUGAUGACUUAAUUGAUAAGCUUUCUACUGUAGUUAACUAGAAUCACAGUUUUAGUUGGAAUGUAAAGUAAUGGAUCCAGAAGAUGGAAGCGAGAUAAUAGAAGGUUUGUUUCUCUUAUCUCUACUUUGUAAAUAUCAUGUGAGUAUUUAAUGAUGUGUUUGCACAGAUGAUUCAGAUUGUGAAGAAAGUGCCAGCUGCUGUUUGAAAAAUUUUCUCCUUCCUUCAAUCCUUGAUUUUUUUCAUUAAAAUAUUUCCUAUUUUUUUAUUCAAGGGAUGUAUGUUUACCUUCUAAUGCUUAUGUUAACUGUGCCAGCUCUUAGAAUUGCUAA